AUGGAAAAAUUACUACAGUGGUCUAUCGCGAACUCCCAAGGUGACAAAGAAGCUAUGGCCAGAGUUGGUCAACCAGACCCCAAAUUAUUACAGCAGUUGUUUGGCGGUGGUGGCCCUGAUGAUCCAACCUUAAUGAAGGAAUCGAUGGCUGUUAUUGUGAAUCCAGAAGUUGACGUCGAAACCAAAUUGGUUGCAUUUGACAACUUUGAAAUGUUAAUCGAAAAUUUGGAUAAUGCUAACAAUAUCGAAAACUUGAAGUUAUGGGGGCCAUUGUUGGAAUUUCUCGAUCAAACUGACGAAGAGGAGCUUCGCGCUGCUGCUUUAUCAAUCAUAGGCACAGCCGUGCAGAACAAUUUGAACUCACAAAACAACUUUAUGAAAUAUGACACAGGUCUGCGAAGCCUUAUUGCGUUGGCGAGCGACAAGACAAAGCCAUUUGACGUAAGGACAAAGGCGUUUUAUGCCUUGUCAAAUCUAAUAAGAAAUCACGAGGACAUUUCAGAAAAGUUUUUCAAGUUAAAUGGGUUAGAUUGUAUAGCGCCUGUGUUAAGUGACGCCACCGUCAAACCAAAACUAAAAAUGAGAGCCAUUGCGCUGUUAACUGCUUAUCUAACAUCCGUUAAAAUUAGUGAGAGUUUGAUCAACGUGUUAAGAAAGGAUGGCGUAGUUGAAAGUACAAUUGAUUGUUUGUCCAGCGAGACUGACUUGAACAUUAUAGAUAGAGUUCUAUCUUUCCUUUCUCAGUUGAUUUCUUCUGGAAUAAAGUUCAAUGAACAAGAAAUGCGCUUACUGAAUGAAGGUUAUAAACAUAUCGAACCUUUAAAAGAGAGACUUAACGAAGAUGAUUAUUUAGCAGUAAAGUAUGUAUUAGAAUGA